AGUGCAUGGCUAUUGUGGUAGAGAAGUGGGGUGGUUGGUCAACGUCACAACUUGAGGUUUAUCUCCCCCUCUGUGGGGACUCUAGGGUUCCUGGACUGCUUCACAGCCAGACAGUCCAGCCAGCCUCAGCAGCUGCUGGGAACAUGGCCUAGGGGUGGUGACACCAUUAGGCAUGGCUGGGCUUCCCAAGGGACUUUGGAGAUACCAGAAGCCUCCAUCUGCAAGGAAGAUGGCUUCUGUCAGGCUUGCUGGGGUGCUGCUUGCUUUGGUCCUCACCUUGCCAGGGACCUUCUGCACUGAAAGGACUCUAGACAGACCCUCAACCGCCCGGUGCAGCCUCUUUGGAAGAGACUUCAUAAACACCUUUGACGAGAACAUGUACAGUUUUGCAGGCGACUGCAGUUACCUCCUGGCAGGGGACUGCCAGAAGCACUCCUUCUCCGUCCUGGGGAACUUCCAAAAUGGUGAGAGAGUUGGUCUCUCUGUGUAUCUUGGAGAAUUUUUUGAUAUCCAUUUGUUUGUCAAUGGUACGGUGGUGCAGGGGGACCAGAGAAUCUCUGUGCCCUAUGCCUCCAAAGGGCUAUAUCUGGAAACCGAGGCGGGGUUCUACAAGCUAUCCAGUAAGGCCUAUGGCUUUGCAGUCAGGAUUGACAGCAUUGGCAACUUUGAAGUCCUGCUGUCAGACAGAUUCUUCAACAAGACCUGUGGGCUGUGUGGUGAUUUUAACAUUUUUUCUGAAGAUGAUUUUAGGACGCAAGAAGGGAUGUUGACCUCAGACCCCUAUGACUUUGCCAAUUCCUGGGCCCUGAGCAGUGGGAAACAACGGUGCCAACGGGCAUCCCCUCCCAGCAUCUCCUGCAACAACUCCUCAGAGGACAUGCAGAAGGCCCUGUGGGAGCAGUGCCAGUUGCUGAAGAGCGCCUCCGUGUUUGCCCGCUGCCAUCCAUUGGUGAACCCUGAGCCCUUCGUGGCCCUGUGUGAGAUGAGUCUGUGCAGUUGCACUCAGGGGCUGGCGUGCGUGUGCCCUGCCCUGUUGGAGUAUGCCCGGACCUGCGCCCAGGAAGGGAUAGUGCUCUACGGCUGGAUGGACCACAGCACCUGCCGCCCUGCCUGUCCCGCUGGCAUGGAGUAUAAGGAGUGUGUGUCUCCUUGCGCCAGGACCUGCCAGAGUCUGCACGUCAAUGCAGUGUGUCGGGAGCAGUGUGUGGAUGGGUGCAGCUGCCCUGAGGGACAGCUCCUUGAUGCAGGCCACUGUGUGGAGAAUGCUGAGUGUUCCUGUGUGCAUGCCGGGAAGAGGUACCCGCCAGGUGCCGCCCUCUCUCAAGACUGCAACACCUGCAUUUGCCGGAACAGCCUGUGGAUCUGCAGCAAUGAAGGGUGCCCAGGGGAGUGUCUCGUCACCGGCCAGGCCCACUUCAAGAGCUUUGAUGACAGACACUUCACCUUCAGUGGGAUCUGCCAGUACCUGCUGGCCCAGGACUGCCAGGACCACACCUUCUCCAUCGUCAUAGACACCGUGCAGUGUGCCGAUGAUCCUGAUGCUGUCUGCACUCGCUCGGUCACCUUGCGGCUAGCCGCCCUGCACAACAGCCUCGUGAAGCUGAAGCACGGGGGAGGAGUCGCAGUGGACGGCCAGGACGUCCAAGUCCCUCUCUUGCAAGGGGACCUCCGCAUCCAGCACACCGUGAGGGCCUCUGUGCGCCUCAGCUACGGGGAGGACCUGCAGAUGGACUGGGACGGCCGCGGGAGGCUACUGCUGAAGCUGUCCCCUGUCUACGCUGGGAAGACGUGCGGCUUGUGUGGGAAUUACAACGGCAACAAGGGUGAUGACUUCCUCACCCCCACGGGCCUGGUGGAGGCCCUGGUGGCGGACUUCGGGAAUGCCUGGAAGCUGCAUGGCGACUGCCCUGACCUGCAGAUGCAGUCCAGCGACCCCUGUGCCCUCAACCCGCGCUUGGCCAGGUUCGCAGAGGAGGCCUGCGCCCUGCUGACGUCUUCCAAGUUCGAGGCCUGCCACCAUGCUGUGAGCCCCCUGCCCUACCUGCAGAAUUGCCGCUACGACGUUUGUGCCUGCUCUGAUGGCAGGGACUGCCUGUGCAGCGCUGUGGCCAGCUAUGCUGCAGCCUGUGCCGGGAGGGGCGUGCACAUUGGGUGGCGUGAGCCUGGCCUCUGUGCCCUGAGCUGCCCACAGGGCCAGGUGUACCUGCAGUGUGGGACCCCCUGCAACCUGACCUGCCGCUCCCUCUCUUACCCGGAUGAAGAAUGCAAUGAGGUCUGUCUGGAGGGCUGCUUUUGUCCCCCAGGGCUCUACCAGGAUGAGAGGGGGGACUGUGUGCCCAAGGCCCGGUGCCCUUGUUACUACGAUGGUGAGAUCUUCCAGCCCGCGGACAUCUUCUCAGACCAUCAUACCAUGUGCUACUGUGAGGAUGGCUUCAUGCACUGCACCAUGGGUGGAGCCCCGGGGAGCCUGCUGGAAGUGGCCCUCAGCAGCCCUCUGUCUCACCGCAGCAAAAGGAGCCUGUUCUGUCGGGCCCCCAUGGUCAAGUUGGUGUGUCCUGCUGACAACCCGAGGGCAGAAGGGGUGGAGUGUGCCAAGACAUGCCAGAACUAUGACCUGGACUGCAUGAGCACUGGCUGUGUCUCUGGCUGCCUCUGCCCCCCGGGCAUGGUCCGGCAUGAAAACAGGUGUGUGGCCCUGGAAAGGUGUCCUUGCUUCCAUCAGGGCAGGGAGUUUGCCCCCGGAGAAACAGUGAAAGUCGGCUGCAACACCUGUGUCUGUGGGGACCGGAAGUGGAACUGCACCGACCACGUGUGUGACGCCACGUGCUCCGCUAUCGGCAUGAGCCACUACCUCACCUUUGACGGGCUCAAGUACAUGUUCCCCGGGGAGUGCCAGUACGUGCUGGCGCAGGACUACUGUGGUGGGAACCCUGGGACCUUCCGGAUCCUGGUGGGGAACGAGGGGUGCAGCUAUCCUUCCACUGAAUGCAAGAAGCGUGUCACCAUCCUGGUGGAAGGAGGAGAGAUCGAACUGUUUGACGGGGAGGUGAAUGUGAAGAAGCCCAUGAAGGAUGAGACGCACUUCGAGGUGGUGGAGUCAGGCCGGUUCUUCAUCCUGCUGCUGGGCAGAGCCCUCUCUGUGGUCUGGGACCGACGCCUGGUCAUCUCCGUGGUGCUGAAGCAGACGUUCCAGGAGCAAGUGUGUGGCCUCUGUGGGAAUUUUGAUGGCAUCCAGAACAACGACCUCACCAGCAGCAACCUCCAAGUGGAGGAGAACCCUGUGGACUUUGGGAACUCCUGGAAAGUGAGCCCGCAGUGCGCUGACACCAGCAAGGUGGUGCUGGAUGUGUCCCCUGCCACCUGCCAUAACAACAUCGUGAAGCAGACCAUGGUGGAUUCCUCCUGCAGGAUCCUCACCAGUGACAUUUUCCAGGACUGCAACAAGCUGGUGGACCCUGAGCCUUAUCUGGACAUGUGCAUUUACGACACCUGCUCCUGUGAGUCCAUUGGGGACUGUGCCUGCUUCUGUGACACCAUCGCUGCCUACGCCCAUGCAUGUGCCCAACAGGGCAAGGUGGUGAGCUGGAGGACAGCCACACUGUGCCCCCAGAGCUGCGAGGAGAGGAAUCUUCAGGACAGCGAGCAUGAGUGUGAGUGGCGCUAUAAUAGCUGUGCACCUGCCUGUCCUAUCACGUGCCAGCACCCGGAGCCACUGGCCUGCCCUGUGCGGUGCGUGGAGGGCUGCCACGCACACUGCCCACCAGGAAAAAUCCUGGAUGAACUUCUGCAGACCUGCGUUGACCCCCACGAUUGCUCUGUGUGUGAGGUGGCUGGCCGGCGCCUUGCCCCCGGAAGGAAGGUCACCUUGAACCCCGAUGACCCUGCACUCUGCCAGACUUGUCACUGUGAUGGUGCCAACCUUACCUGUGAAACCUGCCAGCAGCCUGGAGGCUUGGUGGUGCCCCCUACAGAGGCCCCACUUAGUGCGACCACGCCGUACCUGGAAGACAUUACGGAGCUGCCCAUGCAUGACUUAUAUUGCAGCAAACUGCUAGAUCUGGUCUUCCUGCUGGACGGCUCCUCCAAGCUGUCGGAGGCAGAUUUUGAGGUGCUGAAGACCUUUGUGGUAAGCGUGAUGGAGCGGCUGCACAUCUCCCAGAAGCGGAUCCGGGUGGCCGUGGUGGAGUACCACGAUGGCUCCCAUGCUUACCUUGAGCUCAAAGCCCGGAAGCGGCCCUCAGAGCUGCGGCGCAUUGCAGGCCAGGUGAAGUACGUGGGCAGCCAGGUGGCAUCCACCAGUGAGGUCUUGAAGUACACGCUCUUCCAGAUUUUUGGCAAAAUUGAUCGCCCUGAAGCCUCCCGCAUUGUGCUACUCCUGACUGCCAGUUCAGAGCCCAAAGAGAUGGCCCGGAAUUUGUUCCGCAUUGUUCAGAACCUGAAGAAGAAAAAGGUUAUCCUGAUGCCAGUGGGCAUUGGGCCACAUGUCAACCUCCAACAGAUCCGUCUCAUUGAGAAGCAGGCCCGACAAAACAAGGCCUUCUUGCUUAGUGGCGUGGAUGAGCUGGAGCAGCGGAGGGAUGAGAUUAUCAACUACCUCUGUGACCAUGCACCUGAGGCCCCUCCCCCGACUCAGCACACCCAGGUGGCACAGGUCACUGUGGGUCCAGGGGUCUCAGAGGUUUUGACCCCAGGACCAGAGAGAAAGUCCAUGGUUCUGGAUGUGGUAUUUGUCCUGGAGGGCUCAGACAAAGUUGGAGAAGCCAACUUCAACAGGAGCAAGGAGUUCAUGGCAGAAGUGAUCCAGCGCAUGGAUGUGAGCCAGGACGGCAUUCACGUCACGGUCCUGCAAUACUCAUACACGGUGACCGUGGAGUAUACCUUCCGUGAGGCCCAGUCCAAGGGGGAUGUGCUGCAGCAUGUGCGAGAAAUCCAGUUCCGGGGUGGCAACCAGACCAACACUGGGCUGGCCCUGCAGUACGUGUCUGAGCACAGCUUCUCUGUAGGCCAGGGUGAUCGGGAGCAGGCGCCAAAUCUGGUUUACAUGGUCACAGGAAAUCCUGCUUCCGAUGAGAUCAAGCGAUUGCCUGGAGAUAUCCAGGUGGUGCCCAUUGGAGUGGGCCCUGGUGCCAAUGUGCAGGAGCUGCAGACUAUCAGCUGGCCCAGCACCCCCAUCUUCAUCAAGGACUUUGAGAUGCUCCCGCGAGAGGCUCCUGACCUGGUGCUGCAGAGGUGCUGCUCAGGAAACACAGUGCAGCUCCCUACCCUCCACCCUGCCCCAGACUGCAGCCAACCCCUGGAUGUGAUUCUCCUCCUGGAUGGCUCCUCCAGCAUUCCGGCCUCUUACUUUGAGGAAAUGAAGAAUUUUGCCAAGACUUUCAUUUCAAAGGCCAAUAUAGGCCCUCAUCUCAUGCAGGUGUCUGUGCUCCAGUAUGGGAGCAUCACCACCAUCGAUGUGCCAUGGAACGUAGCCCAGCAGAAGGAGCAUUUAUUGAAUCUUGUGGGCCUCAUGCAGCAGGAGGGAGGCCCCAGCCAGCUGGGGGAUGCUUUGGCCUUUGCUGUGCGAUACAUCACCUCUGAAGUCCAUGGUGCCAGGCCUGCAGCCUCUAAGGUGGUGGUUAUUCUAGUCAUGGAUGUCUCUGUGGAUUCGGUGGACGCUGCAGCUCAGGCUGCCAGAUCCAAUCGAGUGACAGUGAUCCCCAUUGGAAUUGGGGAUCGGUAUGACCCAGGCCAGCUGAGGACCUUGGUGGGUCCGGAGGCCAGCUCCAAUGUGGUGAAGCUGCAGCGCGUGCAAGAGCUCCCCACUGUGGUCAGCCUGGGAAACUCCUUUCUCCACAAAGUGUGCUCAGGGUUUGUUAGAAUUUGCAUGGAUGAGCUUGGGAAUGAGAAGAAGCCUGGAGAUGUCUGGACUUUGCCGGAUCAGUGCCAUACAGUGACUUGCCUGCCAGAUGGCCAGACCUUGCUGCAGAGUCACCGGGUCAACUGUGACCAGGUGCCCAGGCCUUUAUGCCCCAACAACCAGUCCCCUAUUCGAGUGGAAGAGACGUGUGGCUGCCGCUGGACCUGCCCUUGUGUGUGCAUGGGCAGCUCUACUCGGCACAUUGUGACCUUCGAUGGGAAGAACUUCAAGCUGACCGGCAACUGUUCCUACGUCUUGUUUCAAAACAAAGAGCAAGACCUACAGGUGAUUCUGCAUAAUGGUGCCUGCAGCCCUGUGUCUGGACCAACCUGCAUGAAGUCCAUUGAAGUGAAGCAUGAGGGCCUCUCGGUUGAGCUGCACAGCAACAUGGAGGUGACAGUGAAUGGGAGACUUGUUCCUGUCCCAUACAUAGGCAACACCAUGGAAGUCAGUGUCUAUGGCACCAUCAUGUACGAGGUCAGGUUCAACCAUCUUGGCCACAUCUUCACAUUCACACCACAAAACAAUGAAUUCCAACUGCAGCUCAGCCCCAAGACCUUUGGUUCAAAGAUGUACGGGCUCUGUGGGAUCUGUGAUGAGAAGGGGACCAAUGACUUCGUGCUGAGGAAUGGCUCAGUCACCACGGACUGGAAACCACUCAUCCAGGAGUGGACUGUGCAGCAGCCGGGACAGACGUGCCUGCCGGUUCCCGAAGAGCUGUGUCCUGUCUCUGGCAGCUCCCACUGCCAGGUGCUCCUCUCAGCAGUGUUUGCUGAGUGCCACAAAGUGCUUUCGCCUACCACAUUUUACACCAUCUGCCAGCAGGAUGGUUGUCACCAGGAGCGAGUGUGUGAGGUGAUUUCCUCCUAUGCUCACCUUUGUCGGACCAAUGGUGUUUGUGUUGACUGGAGGACACCUGAAUUCUGUGCGAUGGCGUGCCCACCGUCUCUGAUGUAUAACCACUGUGAGCGUGGCUGUCCCCAGCAGUGUGACGGUGGCAACACAACCUCCUGUGGGGAGCAUCCCUCUGAAGGCUGCUUCUGCCCCCCACACCGUGUCCUGUUGGAGGGCAGCUGUGUUCCCGAGGAAGCCUGCACGGAAUGUGUUGGGAAGGAUGGAGCCCGGCACCAGUUCCUGGAAUCCUGGGUCCCAGAUCACCAGCCCUGCCAGAUCUGCACGUGCCUCAGCGGGCGGAAGAUCAACUGCACAUCCCAGCCCUGCCCCACAGCCCGAGCUCCCACGUGUGGCCAGUGCGAAGUGGCCCGGCUUCGCCAGAGUGGAGACCAGUGCUGUCCAGAGUAUGAGUGCGUGUGUGACCUGCUGAGCUGUGACCUCCCCCCAGUGCCUCCCUGUGAAGGAGGGCUCCAGCCUACCCUGACCAAUCCUGGAGAGUGCAGACCCAUUUUCACCUGUGCCUGCAGGAAGGAGGAGUGCAGAAGAGUGUCCCCGCCUGCCUGUCCUCCACACCGGACGCCAGCAUUGCGCAAGAGCCAAUGCUGUGACGAGUACGAGUGUGUCUGCAACGAGUGUGUCAACUCCACUGUGAGCUGCCCUCUUGGGUACCUGACCUCGAAGGUCACCAACGACUGUGGCUGCACCACGACCACCUGCCUCCCUGACAAGGUGUGUGUCCACCACGGCACUGUCUACCCCGUGGGCCAGUUCUGGGAGGAAGGCUGUGAUGUGUGCACUUGCACGGACACGGAGGAUGUGGUGAUGGGCCUGCGCGUGGCCCAGUGCUCUCAGAAGCCCUGUGAAGACAGCUGUCGUUCGGGCUUUACCUAUGUCCUCCACGAAGGCGAGUGCUGUGGAAGGUGCCUGCCGUCUGCCUGUGAGCUGCGAGCUGGGUCGCCACGGGGCGAUUCAGGGUCUUUGUGGAAGAGUGUCGGCUCCCAGUGGGCCUCCCCGGAGGAUCCCUGCCUCAUCAAUGAGUGCGUCCGAGUGAAGGAGGAGGUCUUCGUGCAGCAGAGGAAUGUCUCUUGCCCCCAGCUGAGCGUGCCCACCUGCCCCCCUGGCUUCCAGCCAAGCUGCAGGACCGUGCAGUGUUGCCCUAGCUGUCACUGUGAGCCCAUGGAGGCCUGUUUGAUUAAUGGCACCAUCAUCGGGCUCGGGAAGAGAGUGAUGGUCGACGUCUGUACCACCUGCCACUGCAAGAUGCGGGCCGGAGCUGUCUCUGAAUUCGAGCUGGAGUGCAGGAAGACCACCUGCCAGGCUUGCCCCCUGGGUUACCGCGAAGAGAGGAACCACGGUGAAUGCUGUGGGAGAUGUUUGCCUACUACGUGCACUAUUGAGCUGAGAGGAGGACAGACCAUGACGCUGAAGCGUGAUGAGAUGCUCCAGGACGGCUGUGAUAGUCACUUUUGCAAAGUCAACGAGAUGGGAGAGUACAUCUGGGAGAAGAGGGUGACAGGAUGUCCUCCCUUUGAUGAGCACAGAUGUAUGGCUGAGGGGGGGAAAAUCAUGAAAAUUCCAGGCACCUGCUGUGACACAUGUGAGGCGCCUGACUGCAAAGACGUCACUGCCAAACUGCAGUACAUCAAAGUGGGCAACUGUACAUCCCAAGAGAAAGUGGACAUUCACUACUGCGAGGGCAAAUGCACCAGCAAAGCUAUGUACUCCAUCGACAUCGAGGAUGUGCAGGACCAGUGCUCUUGCUGCUCGCCUGCGCUGAAGGAGCCCAUGUGGGUGCCCCUGCACUGCACCAACGGCUCAGUGGUGCACCACCAGGUCCUCAAUGCCAGGCAAUGCCAGUGCAGUCCCCGGAAGUGUGGCAAGUGAGGCCUGGCUCACCUGACUGCGGCUUGGUCCUCAUAUGUCCUCCUCCUGUGCCCACCCAUGACCACAAUAAAGGCCAAUGUCUCACGCUGCA